UAUCGGGUAGAGAGAGAUAAUAAUACUAGUUAUCUCUUGAAAGUCUUUUCAACUCCGCUCUUUAGAGGCACUCCGCUACCAGCAGAGCAGAAGACCCUCUAUCCUGAAAUCUGGGGCUCUCUUAUGUUCCGUCUAACCCGAGCUUACGGACCUACAACUUACUAACCUUAGCUUUUGUUAGAUCUCUAUUUAACCGUUAUAUAAGAAAUACUAGUCACGUGCUCUCUCUCUAAGGGGUGCCCAUUGUACACGUGGAACGGCUAGGAUCUUGUCUUCGGCUCCGUUCUUAUUCUCACCUGGUCUUUCGUUUACACUCUCAAAAUAUUUGAUUGGUUAGAGAAGGAAAAGAUGGCCAUAAUUGAUACCACCAAGGAUCUAUCCGCCCUGUUUCUUCACCAGGCGAAGGCAACACCCGAUGCUGUUGCACUGGAGGAUGGAUCUACGACAUUAACUUAUGCUGAACUCGACAGCAAGGUCGAAACGUUAGCUACUCGUCUUCGACAUAAUGGAGUUGGCCGUGAUUCUCUCGUUGGCAUCUUGCUUGGACGAAGCGCCGAUUACGUCAUCUCUUGUCUGGCGGCACUCCGUGCAGGCGGGGCUUUCCUAGUUCUCGAGCUUGCAUACCCACCGAGCCUCCUGGCUGAUGUUAUUGAAGAUGCUAGACCAGCUGUGAUAAUAACGCAAAGGGCUCAUGCUGGCAAGCUCACGUCGGAAGCUCCUCUCAUCAUCCUCGAUGAGGAAUCCACAGACACAGACGGGGCUGCUCUAUCUAAGGGGAGUGAAAAGGAGCUGCCUCCCUUACCUUCUGAGAAUGACUUAGAAAAGCUUGCCUUCGUGUCCUACUCAUCUGGCACAACGGGAAAACCCAAAGGAAUCGCAAAUUCCCACCGGGCGGCCGUGCUAUCGUAUAAUUUGCGAUUUGGCAUAAACGACGUCCAACCGGGCGAUCGUGUAGCUUGCAAUGUUUUCUUCGUAUGGGAAAUACUACGUCCGCUACUGCGAGGAGCGACUGUGGUCACUGUCCCAGAUGAGACGAGCUACGACCCUGUUGCUCUCGUCGAGCUGCUUCGCUCUAAAAACAUCACAGAAACUCUCAUGACACCCACAUUACUGGCAACAGUUCUCGCUCGACACGCUCAGCUCGGUACCCGCGUUCCAAAUCUACGCACGGUAUGGCUCAAUGGCGAGGUUGUGACUACUGACCUUGCGCGUCGAGGCCUUAAAGCACUCCCAAAGGCACGCCUUCUCAACUGCUACAGCGCUAGUGAAACCCACGAGAUUGCUUGCGGAGAUAUAAGGGAGAUGAUCAAUGACGAGGAUCGUGUUGUGCCGGUUGGCCCUCCCCUUGAUUUUGAGCACACAUAUAUACUCGAUGAAGAGGGUAAGAGAGUUCCGACGGGUGUCAGUGGCGAGCUAUUCAUUGGCGGAAGUCUAUUGGCACGCGGAUAUCUUAACUUACCGGAAGCGACUGCAAAGGCUUUCACUGACGACCCCUUUGACACGACACCCGGUGCAAGGAUGUAUCGGACUGGAGACACAGCAGUGAUUCUCCCUUCGGGGCUUCUGGAAAUCACUGGCCGUGUUGGAGCUAUGAUCAAAAUCAGGGGCUAUAGUGUACAGCCGCCGGCUGUCGAAAAUGCAAUUAUUAAGCACCUCGCAGUUCGUACUUGUGCUGUGGUUUCCCACGGAGAUGGCCUCGAUCGCCAGCUGCUUGCUUACAUUGUCCCGGACGAAGAGGUAGGGGAUCGAACGGUUGUGAAGAUCGACGAGUCUGGUUUCAGCCCUAUUGCGCGUCGCGCACUGUCCGACCACCUUGCACACUACAUGAUUCCGGCGCUCUGGGUUGAAUUGGACAGCAUGCCUACCCAUGAAGUAUCGGGUAAAGUUGACAUAAAGCAACUUCCCCCGCCAUCUAGGCCUCGAAGCCCUGCAUCGUUGGCCCCUGGCCAAAAUGGAAACCAGAACCAGAAGAUAACGCUUGAGGAUAUUGCGAAAAUGUGGGCUGCAUCUCUAAACAUACCUCUGAAGUCGAUAAUGGCGCAAGAGCACGAUUUCUUCGACUUAGGCGGCCAUUCUUUGGCUCUUGUCGACCUUGUAACGAGACUGACAGGAGGCUAUGGGUUUCCCGUGCCUCUUGGACGAUUGGCUGGAAAUCCCACUCUGAAGGGACAUCUGGAAGUUGUCUGUGCUGCCCGUGAUGGCCACACUGCAGCGGUGCAAGCAGAUCUACCUGCUGUAUUGCGAGCCGAUUCCAUUCUCCCACCCGAUAUAAAGCCAUCUGGAGCUAAGAUGCAGCGUCUCAGUGACGCAGAUACAAUACUUUUGACUGGUACUACUGGAUUCUUGGGAGCCUUCCUUCUAAGUACCAUCCUGGAGACAACUUCAGCACGAGUGAUAUGUCUCGUCCGCUUUGUGGACCUCGCGAACGAGAAUGGCUCGGCUGGAAUUGCACGUAUCCGCAAGAAUUUACUCGACUUGGGCCUCUGGAAUGACUCCAUCCUAGAUCGAAUUGAUGUUAUACCCGCAAACCUGGCGCGAAAACGUUUUGGUCUUUCCCCUGAAGAGUUUGGGGAUUUGGCUUCGCGUGUGCAGGUCAUCAUUCAUUCUGCAGCUACGGUUAACCUGGUAUACCCUUAUGCUGCUAUGCAGGGCGCUAAUGUAUUUGGAACACGAGAGAUUUUACGUCUUGCGUGCCGAGCUGGCGCAACUGUGCACCACAUCUCUACUAAUGGUGUAUUACCCCCGUCGGUUGACGGCUGGUCUGAGGAUGCCAUGCUCAGUGUUGAUGAAGUACCAGAGAAGUUACUUGAUGGGUACGGUCAGACGAAGUGGGUUGCGGAACAACUCGUUAUUGAGGCAGCUAAACGUGGAUUGCCAGCAAGAAUUUAUCGUCCAGGAACUAUCAGUGGACACAGUACCUCAGGUUCUACGAAUACCUACGAUCUUAUCAAUGCCAUCAUUGUGGAGUCGCUGCAACUAGGACACGCACCAGACAUCGAAGGCUGGUAUGCGGAGAUGACGCCCGUCGACUUCGUUAGCAAGGCUAUUACAUCCCUUGCUGAUCUGGUUGAUGCGGACCAGCGCGUCUUCCACGUCGGCGACCCAUCCCCAGUGCCUACCAAGGAGGUCUUUGGAAUGCUGGAGAAGCUUGGGUACCCGACAACACCGCUUGAAUGGAGCCAGUGGGUUCGUCUGUGGGAUGAGAAGAGGGGAUCUCACAAGGGAGAUAAUAUCUUCACUGUUGACAUUCUCCGUCGUGGCAUGCCCACAGCUGACUUCUUAAAAUGGGUCACCGUACUCAAGGACCCUGCGACCGGACCUGCUCUGGCCAAGACUGGACUUCAACGUCCCAAAAUUGAUAGUAAGUUGUUUGAGAUAUAUGCCCGUCACUUCUGCGCCCGAGGUUGGCUACCACGCCCGCCCCGACGCGCGGAAAGCAAUGGUGUUGCGCUGCAAUCCAAGAGAGGCCCGUUGGCUGGUAAAGUCGCAGUCAUCACAGGAGCAUCUUCCGGUAUUGGUGCCGCCGUUGCUACUGCUCUAGCCAAAGAGGGUGCUCACGUAGCAAUUGCCGCUCGACGUACAGACGCGCUUGAUUCUCUCAAGGACAAGCUCGCCAAUCUCGGAGGCAAGGUACUGGUCCACAAGACCGACGUCACGGAUAAGAAACAAGUCGAGUCCCUCAUGCAAACUGCCACCGAAAGCCUCGGACCUAUCGACAUCCUGGUCUCCUGCGCCGGGGUCAUGUACUACACAAUGAUGGCGAACGUGCACAUGGAGGAGUGGGAGCGCACCGUCGACGUCAACUGCAAAGGUCUGAUGUACUGCCUCGGGUCCACGGUCCCCGCCAUGCUGGCUCGCGGCACCGGCCACAUCGUCGCCAUCUCCUCCGACGCCGGCCGCAAGGUGUUCCCCGGCCUCGGCGUCUACUCCGCCAGCAAGUUCUUCGUCGAGGCCACCCUCCAGAGCCUGCGCCUCGAGACCGCCGGCUCUGGUCUACGCGUCACGGCCGUCCAGCCCGGAAACACUGCCACGGACCUCCUGGGCAUGUCGACGGAUGCUGAGGCGAUCAAGAAGUAUGGCGAGCCGACUGGCGCUAAGGUGCUGCAGCCUGAGGAAGUUGCGAGUGCGAUUGUAUACGCUCUGCGCCAGCCUGCGCAUGUGGCGGUCAAUGAGGUGCUUAUUGAGCCUAGGGAUGAGCCGAUAUAAGAUGAGGGGGUCUGGGUUGUUGGUGAGUGCCUAGGUAUAUGAGGUACUCAGGUAUGUAGAGUUAUCGUUAUUAUCAGCUUAGGUGGGCUGGGCUUUGAGGAACGAGGGAGGAGGAAGGGAUGUAUGAAAUAGGGUUUUCUAUGAUUCUAUUCGUGUUGUUCUAAGUAUCUACCUAUCUACCUACCUGUAUAUCAUACCCACUUCCACUUAGCUACCCUACCUACAUACGUGGGUAUCUACUAAUAAUUGUGUUAUUGUUACUGGGG